CCCGGCCCAGUGAAGCCACCAUGGUGUCCAGCACAGCGGCGCUGCUCCUGGGCGCCGUGCUCCUGGUGGCCCAGCUGCAGCCCGUGCCUUCCCGCCCCGCCGCCGCCGCCGCCGCCCCGCCCGGGGCCGAGCCGGACCAGCCGGAGCUGUCGCGCAGAGCGGCCACCGUCCAGGGCGACGGCCGGGACGGCGCGCCCCCCAACGGCUCGGCGCAGCAGCUGCCGCAGACCAUCAUCAUCGGCGUGCGCAAGGGCGGCACGCGCGCGCUGCUGGAGAUGCUCAGCCUGCACCCCGACGUGGCGGCCGCCGAGAACGAGGUCCACUUCUUCGACUGGGAGGAGCACUACAGCCAAGGCCUGGGCUGGUACCGGGGCCAGAUGCCCUUCUCGUCCCCGCAGCAGCUCACGGUGGAGAAGACCCCCGCGUACUUCACGUCGCCCAAAGUGCCUGAGCGCGUCCACAGCAUGAACCCGGGCAUCCGGCUGCUGCUCAUCCUGCGCGACCCGUCCGAGCGCGUGCUGUCCGACUACACCCAAGUGUUCUACAACCACGUGCAGAAGCGCAAGCCCUACCCGUCCAUCGAGGAGUUCCUGGUGCGCGACGGCCGGCUCAACGUGGGCUACAAGGCGCUCAACCGCAGCCUCUACCACGUGCACCUGCACAACUGGCUGCGCUUCUUCCCGCUGCGCCGCAUCCACAUCGUCGACGGCGACCGCCUCAUCAGGGACCCCUUCCCCGAGAUCCAGAAGGUCGAGCGGUUCCUGAAGCUGUCGCCGCAGAUCAACGCCUCGAACUUCUACUUUAACAAAACCAAGGGCUUUUACUGCCUGCGGGACAGCGGCCGGGACCGCUGCUUGCACGAGUCCAAAGGCCGGGCGCACCCCCGAGUGGACCCCAGACUCCUCAGUAAACUGCACGAAUACUUUCACGAGCCAAAUAAGAAAUUCUUCGAGCUUGUCGGCCGGACAUUUGACUGGCACUGAUUAGCAAUAAAGUGAGGCUCGGAACCUUUCCCGUUGGAAGUUCCGGUGUACAUCUGGGGGAGAGAGAGAAAAAGGAGAAUUUUAAAAGGGCAUUUAAGCUAUAAUUUAUUUGUAAAGUCCAUAAAUUACUUCUGUACAGUAUUAGAUUCACAAUUGCCAUAUAUACUAGUUAUAUUUUUCUACUUGGUAAAUUGAGGGCAUUUUGUAUUGUUUUUCAUGGUUGUUAACAUUGUGUAAUAUGUCUCUAUAUGAAGGAACUAAACUAUUUCACUGCAAAAAAAAAAAAAAAAAAACAACAAAAAAAAACACACAGAAAUCUGGAGACCCUGUCUUUUUUGAAUAUGAUUAACUUGCCCCGACUCAAAAUAGCUGUCUGUGUUAUAUUCGUUGCAAGAUCUAUAUAUUCCUUUGUUACUUUAAAAAGAAAUGUUUUUCAUGGCAAUUAUGCUUCUCUCUUGCCCUCUCUUUUCUUCAUUGUUCUUUUUAAUUUUUAAUGUCUCGCUGUGGCCAUCAGAUUUAUUUUUUACUUGCACUGUGAGAUCUGUCUUCACUGAGAUAUCCCCUGUUAUUUUCUGGAGGUUUCAGGUUCGCCCAUUCUUGACAGCAGGUUCCGGAGUGUGGAUCUUUUUUUUUUUAACCCCCGUAGACUCCGCGUGGACAAAGCAAUAUUAAGACUGGAGGAGUCGUUAAUACCCGCAAGAGGCUCCCCGUUACACAUCUCUGCCUCAAAGAGUGCUUGCAUCCGUUUCUGAGCGCAGCAAUGGGCAAAACGACACAAUAAAGGGGAUUAAACCGUUGGCCUUCA